CAGAUGAGCUUGAUGAUCCAGACAUUUUGGUUGGUGUUAACAGAGAUGCAGAAGAUAUUGAUGCAGCAGAAAUUGAGUUGACAACUAACCAAAUGGAAGAGGACUUUGAGGAUGAAGAAGAAGAUUUUGAAGAUGAACAAACCGAGGAAGAGGAGCAUGAGGCUGAGGAAGAUUAAAAUACAACAUGCAACUUUGUGAAUGCUAAUAUAACAAAUUUUAGACUUAUAAAUUAUAAUUGUGCAGACAUGAGAAAGAGCAAAGGAAAAGCAACAGGUCCACUGAUUGUUCUUUACUUUGAUUGGAUUUGUUGACAUUUACAUUGUGAACUAACUACAACUUUUUAUUGUUGUGCAGUUAUGGCCAAGAAAAAAGGGAAACCAAGAGGUAAUGGAAAAGCAGCUUUAAUACUGGCUGCUACUCAAGUUCCUUCUCAACCUUCUAGGUUGCCUGAGCGUGUCGAGGAUUAUCAUGAUGAUGAUGAUUACAUUCCUGAUGGGGACAUGAUUGAAGAGGUGGAUACAAAUGAAGAAAUAAACGAUGAAGAAAUGAAUGGUGCAGUGCAAAAUCAUGAGGAUACAAUGAAUGAGGAUCAGAUGAAUGAUGAACUUGGGAUUGAUCCACGACAAAGCAAUGGCCGAGAACCAACCCUUAAAGCCCCUGUUGAUGCAAAUGGAAAAGUGAUUGUUAGGUGCACAAGAGGAAUGUUUCUUGAUUAUGAGGUCAGUCACAAAGCUGUUGCUAUCAUGCGCCAAUUUUUCAAUGGUCCGUGGUUGUCAUGGAGGGAGGUCCCUACACAUGCUAAAGUUGGAAUGUGGAACAAAUUUGAGGAGAUACACACAAUUCUUCCAGGACAAUUGCAUCAUGUGCAUCAAGUUUGGAACAAGCAUUGUCAGCAACGGUUGACAACCUCAUUAGGGAGGGUCAGAAGCCAAAAGCUUUUGGAAGCAAAAGGAGAUUUAAAUAAAGCCCGUGAUAAACCCCUUGGACGUGGAUGUAGUGGGAGAGAAGAAGCUGCUGGGUAUAAGGAUGAUCGCGCCAAGCUGGGAGAUGUGAUCUACAUCCGGAACGUGGAGGAGAAGCUGGAUGAAGCUGAGAGGGAGAGUUUAUCCGUGGGUGAAGAUAAGGUGAACUGGGAGUUUGUUCCGAAGCAGGGGAAGAUGUGGAGAGCGUUGGAUGAACUAAAAUGCUUCGGCUGA